GUGGAUGGCAAGCCACUCUUUUCUCUGUGCUCCGUGGCAUUUUGCAACACAAGAGGCAGCCUGUCUCUGUGGGCUGCACACCAAACUUGCAGCUUUAAGAACAAACGGCGAGGGACAAAGGUACGAUGAUGUGAAGAUCGCAUGGAUUUACGUGGAAGUAUUUUUUCAGGAGAUACCCUUGAAGAACAUAAAGGAAUGAAAGUGCUACACCUCUGUCUUCGUUGUUGCCAAAGUACUCUUUGUCCUAAGUGAUGUGAAAGAGUGGAUGUCAGAGGGACAAGGGAAUGCAGACUCCUCAGCUCUGGCUUGUUUGAGAGCGUGAUGCCCAGACGGGGGUUGCUGCUCCAGGGCCGGGUCCGCUGGAUCUUCCUGGGCCUCUUCCUUCUGCUGGUGCUGCUGCUCUUCACCUACCUGCUGGACUGCACGGCUCAACCCGACGUCAGCCUGGUCCUACCCGGCAUAGCAGGGGAGACUUACGGGAAGGAGUACUACCAGGCCUUGCUGCAGGAGCAGGAGGAACGUCACCUGAACCGCGCCGCCAGUCUGAAGCGGCAGAUAGCCCAGCUCAAGCAGGAGCUGCAGGAAAUGAACGAGAAGCUGAAGCUCCUGCAGGACAAGAAGGAGCUCCCCGGGGUGCAGGGACUGUCUCAGAGCAACGACCAAGAGCCAGGAGAUCUACUGGAGUUCCUGCACUCUCAAAUUGACAAGGCUGAGGUCAACACGGGGGCUCGCCUCCCCAGCGAGUACGCUCUGGUGCCUUUUGAGAGCUUCACCUCUUCCAAGGUUUAUCAGCUGGAGAUGGGGCUGACGCGGCACCCGGAGGAGAAACCUGUUCGCAAAGACCGCAGAGACGAACUUGUGGAGGUCAUCGAGGCUGCGUUGGACAUAAUCAACAACCCUGAUGAGGAGGACGAUGUGGAGGAUAACAUUCCACUUCAGAAGCAAACUUACACAGAGGGUGACUUUAUAGAAGGCAUUCACAGGACCGAACGAGACAAAGGCUCUCUUUAUGAGCUCUUCUUCUCUAAAGAGGAAUCCAGCACCUUCCGUCACGUGACGCUCUUCAGGCCUUUCGGCCCCCUGAUGAAAGUCAGGAGCACAUCUGUAGUAACAUCUGGAAUGAUUAUCAACAUCAUUGUGCCACUGGCAGGCAGAGUAGAAACCUUCUCACAGUUCUUGCACAACUUCAGGGAGGUGUGCAUACAGCAGGACAGGCGGGUUCACCUUACGGUGGUCUAUUUCGGACAAGAGGGGCUUCAGGAGGUGAAGUCGUCGUUGGAGACGAUGUCAAGAGAUGAGGGUUUCUCAAAGUACACGCUAAUCCCAGUGGAUGAGGAGUUUUCCCGAGGUCGGGGGCUGGAUAUUGGAGCACACGCCUGGAACAAAGGCGACGUUUUGAUGUUUUUCUGUGACGUCGACAUCCAUUUUACGCUGGACUUCCUCAAUACAUGUCGUCUCCAUACUGCUCCAAACAAGAAAGUGUUCUAUCCUGUGGUGUUCAGUCUGUACAAUCCCGCCAUAGUUCAUGGAAAUCUGGAGCUGGCUCCACCUAUUGAACUCCAGCUGGUUCACAAGAAGGAUGCUGGUUUUUGGAGAGAUUUUGGCUUUGGAAUGACGUGUCAAUAUCGCUCAGAUUUCCUUAAUAUUGGGGGCUUUGACCUUGAAGUGAAAGGCUGGGGCGUGGAAGACGUCCACUUGUACAGGAAGUAUCUUCGGAGCGACCUGAUAGUGAUCCGGACGCCAGUGUCAGGUCUGUUCCACCUGUGGCACGAGAAGCAGUGUGCGGACGAGCUGACUCCAGAACAGUACCGCAUGUGCAUCCAGUCCAAAGCCAUGAACGAGGCCUCCCACUCUCAUCUGGGAAUGCUGGUGUUCCGUGAGGAAAUCGAGGCACACCUCCGCAAGCAGGCCUUUAAGACUCAGAGCAAAACAGACAACUGAGCAGCUUCCUGCGUGUCCGUCACGUCCAUGUAAAGUCUGUGAUAUGCUGACAUUAUGAAUGCACUCCUGCAAAGACAGUGUGGCAUCAUUCUGCAUUUUGCUGCAGAGCUGUAGACAAAUGAAUGUACAAAACAACUACAUGGCUCAAUGAGCUACAGCAAACCAUUACAUUACUACUUUACCUGCUGAAGGGCACAUCUGGCGGUCCUUUCCACAAAGACCAACCAUUUUCCUGCUGUAUCAGGACCAAUUACUCCUGCUGAACCACAGUUCUCCACGUGAUCUCAGCCAGAAGCCACUUUCAUUACAUAAGCCAAUUACAAUGCUUGCAUUAUGGAGCUAUUCAAAUUUUAUGAACUGAACAAAAAAGUGCAAAUUCCUUACAAAAUAUAGCUCCACUUUUGACAAUGUGGAGCCAUGUUAUUAUUAUAACUUUAUUAUGUAUUUAUUGUUUAAGACUGACAAUGAGGUGAAAAGGGACCUUUUGUACUUUAUGUAACUAUAUGACAUUUGGUCACUGUCUUAGCAGAGAAGCAUGUUAUUGUGACAAGCUGAAGGUGCAAAGAUCUCAUUUGAGCAUGCAGAACUAAUUUAGGGUCUGCUGGUACCAAGAUUAUUGUCUAAACAAGUGUGUCACUCCUCAGCACUAUUUAUUCCCACUUGUGGACACUCCUGUAAAUACUUGUCUUUUAUUCAUGUGAAUUUAUUAUGUUGAUCUCA